AUGCGUCCCCUCCUGUCACUGCCGCUGCCGCCGCUGCUGCUGCUCGCCUGCGCCGCGCACACCUUAAUGACUCAGGAAUAUAAAAACUCCAAGUACUGGGUCUGGCAACAUAGAAGCCUCUGGUACCUGGUGACUCCUGCCCCAGGAGCUAACAAGCCCAGUGGUGGCAUGGUCAGUGCUCUGCCCCGACUGUGUGACAUGCUGCAAGUGCUGCGGGAAGAACAGGACCAGUGCCUGCAGAAACUCUCCAGAGAGCAGACAGGAGACCUGGGCAUGGAGCAGCCUGUGCCAGGCUGUGAGGGGCUGUGGGACAACAUGAGCUGUUGGCCCUCCUCUUUGCCGGGACAGACUGUGGAAUUGGAGUGCCCACGAUUCCUCCGGAUGCUCACAAGCAGAAAUGGUUCCAUGUUCCGAAACUGCACACAGGACGGCUGGUCGGAAACCUUCCCCAGGGCUGACCUGGCCUGUGGAGUUAACGUGAAUGACUCUUCCAAUGAGAAGCGGCACGCGUACCUGCUGAAGCUGAAGGUCAUGUACACCGUGGGCUACAGCUCCUCCCUGGUGAUGCUCCUGGUGGCCCUCAGCAUCCUGUGUGCUUUCAGGAGGCUCCACUGCACCCGCAACUACAUCCACAUGCACCUGUUCGUAUCAUUCAUCCUGCGCGGGCUGUCCAACUUCAUCAAGGACGCUGUGCUCUUCUCCUCGGUCGAUGUCACCCACUGCGAUGCCCACAGGGUGGGCUGCAAGCUGGUCAUGGUCUUUUUCCAGUACUGCAUCAUGGCCAACUACUCCUGGUUGCUGGUGGAAGGCCUCUACCUUCACACACUCCUCGUCAUCUCCUUCUUCUCAGAGAGGAAGUACCUCCAGGGAUUUGUUGCCCUCGGAUGGGGUUCUCCAGCCGUUUUUGUUGCUUCGUGGGCUAUCACCAGGCACUUUCUGGAAGACGUUGGGUGCUGGGAUAUCAACACCAAUGCAACCAUCUGGUGGGUCAUUCGAGGGCCUGUGAUCCUCUCCAUCCUGAUUAAUUUCAUCCUUUUUAUAAACAUUCUAAGAAUGCUGAUGAGAAAACUUAGAAGCCAAGAAACAAGAGGAAAUGAAAUGAACCAUUACAAGCGUCUGGCUAAGUCCACCCUCCUGCUGAUCCCCCUCUUUGGCAUCCACUACAUUGUCUUCGCCUUCUCUCCAGAGGACGCCAUGGAGAUCCAACUGUUUUUUGAAUUGGCCCUUGGCUCAUUCCAGGGACUAGUGGUGGCCGUCCUCUACUGUUUCCUCAAUGGGGAGGUGCAGCUGGAAGUUCAGAAGAAGUGGCAGCAGUGGCACCUCCGUGAGUCCCUGCUGUGCCCUGUGGCCCUCAGCUCCUCCUUCAGCAACAGAACCAAGGCCAGCCCCUUGGAGCAGAGCCAGGGCACCUGCAGGGCCAGUGUCAUCUGA